GUUGGAUGCUGAAUCUGGCACAAGUCCAAACAACGGAUGCACUUUACACCAAUGAGAGCAUCCAUUUCAUCAAUCGGUCCCCCAUAUGGCACUAAGGCCCCUCCUCCAGGCUCUAUCCCGGCAGAGGGUCUCAUUCAUGCUUCAAGACAGUGGUUCACUGCAAGCGUCCUGGUCCCUCGGAACUACUGUUUUAAUCCGAUCUGGCCUCGUGACAAAGGAAGACUUUCCACACAUAGACAUUUAAACAUUAUCCUGGAACGGACUCGCUCUGAAGUGUCUGAGGAGUCGAGCCCAAUGAGCAGGUGAUCGUUUGCGCUCGAACUGAUGCUGGAGAAUUGAUCCUGGACAAUGAUUGCAAUCAGUGAGGGGAUAUAUUUACAAUCAUCGUUUUACCCUUAAAAGAGAGUCUGUCAGGAUUUUUAACUUGUCACCCCCUGAGAACGUCACAGAGCGCCAGCUGUUCAUUUCUCAAAAUUUCUGCUUUCGUGCGGAGCUCUGGAGGAGCGCAGCGUCUCGGGGUGGACCUUUUGUUGUUUGCCGAAGUGCUUUAGUUCUCAGAGUCAGCAGUUCGUUUUUUAAGUUCAAUAAAGUGUCCUAGACGAUCAGGACAGGGCUUAAAUGUUCGGCAUCCAGGAGCAUUUGAUACGAGAAGUGAGCGGAUCGAAAGAAAGAAGUCUCGCAGAGGAGAUGGAUCCAGUCCGGUCGUGGGUGCGUAAUGUAGGUGUCGUGGAUGCGAACGUCGCGGCGCAAAGUGGAGUAGCUCUGUCCAGGGCUCAUUUUGAGAAGCAGCCGCCCUCCAAUCUCCGCAAGUCCAACUUCUUCCACUUUGUCCUGGCUCUUUACGACAGACACGGCCAACCUGUGGAGGUGGAGAGGACUGCGUUUGUUGACUUUGUUGAACAUGAAAAGACGGGCGAAAAGACCAACAACGGCACUCACUACAAGCUCCAGCUUCUCUACAGCAACGGCGUUCGUACGGAACAAGAUCUUUACGCGCGACUUAUUGACUCCGUCACCAAACAGCCCAUAUCAUAUGAGGGACAGAACAAGAAUCCGGAAAUGUGCAGAGUUCUGCUCACACACGAGGUGAUGUGCAGCCGCUGCUGCGAGAAGAAAAGUUGUGGCAACCGAAACGAGACCCCCUCCGACCCAGUCAUCAUCGACAGGUUCUUUUUGAAAUUCUUCCUGAAAUGCAACCAGAAUUGUCUAAAGACGGCGGGAAACCCGAGGGACAUGAGGAGAUUUCAGGUGGUCCUGUCCAGCACCGUGAGCGUGGACGGCCACGUCUUAGCCGUGUCCGACAACAUGUUCGUCCACAACAACUCCAAACACGGGCGCCGGGCUCGCAGGCUGGAGCCGGGCGAGUCCGUGGAGAACACCAUGGAGUAUGCUACUCCCUGUAUCAAAGCCAUCAGUCCCAGCGAGGGCUGGACCACCGGUGGGGCCAUGGUCAUUGUCAUUGGGGAGAAUUUCUUUGACGGGCUGCAGGUGGUGUUUGGCAGCAUGCUGGUGUGGAGUGAGCUGAUCACGCCGCACGCUAUCCGUGUCCAGACGCCUCCUCGGCACAUCCCUGGGGUCGUGGAGGUCACACUGUCUUAUAAGUCCAAACAGUUCUGCAAAGGGGCUCCUGGGCGCUUCAUCUACACAGCCCUUAAUGAACCAACUAUAGAUUAUGGUUUCCAACGUCUUCAGAAGGUCAUUCCUCGACAUCCUGGUGACCCAGAGAAACUAGCCAAGGAGAUCCUUUUGAAAAGAGCAGCAGACCUUGUGGAGGCUCUGUAUGGAAAUCCCCACAGUAAUCAGGACAUGCUCCUGAAGCGCGCCGCUGACAUCGCUGAGGCCCUGUACAGUGUCCCCCGUCCCCACAGUCAGCUGCAGGCUCUGCCCAGCUCUCCAGCCCACGGCAGCGUCAUGGGCCUGGGCUCCUACCCGUCGCAGCUGGGCGUUAGCAUUGGGGAGCCAGGCCAAAGCAGCCAAGGUUACAUUCGAAACUCCAGCAGUUUGUCCCCGAGAGGCUACCCCUCAGCCUCCACUCCCCAGCAGUCAGGCUAUGGCAGCAGUGGUGGGAUGACUGGAGGCUAUGGAACAGUUCCCAUGACCAGUCUGGGAGUUCCUGGUUCUCCUGGUUUUAGCAGCGCCUCCCCUACGAGUUCCCCCUACAUAAUGCCCUCCAGUCCCACUAUACCCGGGAGCUCCAGCUCCUCAUCGUCCCUCUUGCCCUUCUCCUCCUUCCCUUCUGCUGCCAAACAGAAGAGUGCUUUUGCUCCUGUGCUCAGGCCUCAGGGUUCCCCCUCUCCUGCCUGCCCCGCUUCAGGGGGGAACAGCUUCAGAGGUAGCCACCCGACUCACUAUCUGACCCCCCUGUCUGAACUCACGAAUGCAGUCUAACCCGUACUACUAACCCCUCCAAAGCUAUGACUGAAAGACGAAAAGCUGGAUGUACAAUAAUGCAAGACCUAAUUGAUUAGUAUGAUAGAUUUUGUAUAUUUUUUCUCUCCAGCGAUGACGGGCCUGGUUGUUCCCCCGAUGUAGCAAAGCACCCACCCCAGUCUACCCCAGACCACUGCUUCAAUUAGCCCACCUUUUGGCACUGUGAGGGCAGGGAGAAUGGAAAAUUGAUCACUAGUGACCACAUAUAUCUUUUCUCCCCGAGCGUCCUGCGGUUACUUAGUCCCCCUUUCACCCAGGUGGACGAACAGGAGCAAAAUGUCCAAAGACCAGCCAUCUACCCCAGGGGCAGGAGAUUACUCCACCACAAGCAUAGACAGGCCAUGCUCCAAACAGCGUGAGACUGGACCCUAUACAGCACUGAGUGUGCAAUGAAGGAUCUGUAUUUUUAAAAAGAAAACAGAAAACUGGUCCUAGUUUCACCUCGACUUCCAGCAGCACCUUGUGCUGACCUCUGGCCCAGCAUCACAUGCAGUACCCGAUACUGUCAACACCUGCCCAGAACCAGGCCAGAGGAGCACAGGAUGCAUGUGAGAGCACUCGGACGACGGACAACUCCUAAAACAUGUUGCAUCUCUGAAACACAGGAUGCUGUUUUGUCUGUGUGGACACCUUAUACGGCAUGUGUGUACACUGUCUGUGAGUUAGCGAGAGAUUUUUUCGUAGUAGACUUUUUGAGGACAAUUUACAUUCCAGAAAAAUAGACUCUUUAUUUUUUGUUCUGAUGUCAGUUUUACAAGGGAGACGUCUUUGUCUUAAGGGUUAUUACUAAAGGAAUUCAUAUAUUGAUUUAUUUAAGAACAAGCAAUUUAACUUAUUAUAGUUAGUUUAGGGAAUAAUAUAAACAUGUUUUUAUAAAGUGGCCCUUUUUCCAACUGUUACUGAAAUGACGUUAUUGCAACAAUUGCUAAUUAAUUUGCUUAAUCCUCCGAAUGGAUUUGGGUUGAAAUGUCUCGAGUUAACCAGUUUCUGCGUAACAUUUUGAUGUUAAGCUCACGGUUAAAGAAGGUUAUUGUCCUUGUGUAAAGGAAACAUGUUAGUUAGCCUUAUGCGUUAUCAUUUUCCUUAUAAUGCAUGUUUUGUCACACCAGUGCCCUGAAAGUAUAUCAUCCCACAUAGUGAGUUUCAAUUUAUGAGUAUAACUUUUCUAUCAUUUGAAAUGUGCCAACCCAGUACAGGUCUCUAGUCACUAUGCAGUAUAGCAAACGAAAGCACAACUGCUCAACAGGGAAGAACAGGGCGUUUUACUGUAUCCAUCCAUAUCACGCUUUUCGUAUUCAGCGACUUUUCUCAUCACAGAUAAAACUUCAUUCUCAGGACAUGGAAGUAAAGAAACACAAAGAGUAGAAGACAUUUGCAAUUUGUUUUAGACGUUUGCUUAAUUUUAUUUAUUUAAAAUAUAUUAGCAAUUUUAUAUUAUGUUUUUAAAGCCAUCUUUCUUUGAAACGGUACAAAAAAUGGUGCAAAUGUGAUUUGUAUAUCUCAAGGUGUAAUUAUAUUUUGUGCUCCGAAUAAAACAAAUGGGAAAAAAAAG